AAACCCCACCAUCACUUGGUGCUUGACAACAAACCCCCCUUUAGACCAAUCCCUUUCAAAACCUUCACCCACAAGGCUUUAAAAAAGAACCUACUUUCCCUUUUAUUCAUGGCUUCUUCUCUGACAAUUUCCCCAAGAAAGCUUCGUUCUGAUUUGUAUUCCUAUUCCUACCAAGAAGAUUCUAGCACCCCAUUAGUCAUAAAUGUUCUGGCUUCACUGAUUGAGAGGAGCAUGGCCAGAACUGAGAGGAUUGUCAAGAAUGGUUCUUGGUCUUUGUCGAAGGCCAUUAGCACCAACAUCUUUGAUUGCAGAGAGAUCCCAGACAUGACAAUCCAAUCCUAUCUAGAGAGAAUUUUCAGGUACACUCGUGCAGGACCAUCGGUCUACGUUGUUGCCUAUGUCUAUAUUGACAGGUUCUGCCAGAACAAUCCUGGGUUCAGAAUCAAUGCCAGAAAUGUUCAUAGGCUUCUCAUUACAACCAUCAUGGUGGCUUCCAAGUAUGUUGAAGACAUAAACUAUAGAAAUUCCUACUUUGGAAGAGUUGGUGGGUUGACAACUAAUGAUCUGAACAAGUUGGAGCUGGAAUUUCUUUUCUUGAUGGGUUUCAAAUUGCAUGUAAAUGUGAGUGUUUUUGAGAGUUAUUGCUGCCAUUUAGAGAGGGAAGUGAGCAUUGGAGGAGGAUACCAUAUUGAGAGGACCAUAAGGUGUGCAGAAGAAAUCAAAGCAAGGCAUACUUAUACAUUACUCGUGUAAUGUUGUAGUCUGAAUAUUAGGGAGUUUUGCUUUGGUGUGGUAGGUUUUCCUUUGGCCUGCAAAUAAAGAAAGGGAGUUUGUGUACAGAUCGGUAUAAAUCUAAGUGUUUGUGGCGAUAUUGAGAUUUAGGAGAUCAAAGAAGGGAACCCAAACCUUGAGCAAUGUACAAAUUGGUUUCUUCACAUGUAAACAGUGAAUUUUAUUCUAAGGUUUUAUUUU